AUGCCUCAAAUGAACACUAUUAUCAGCACUUUUCUGGGUAGUUCUACCCCAAAAAGUAUAAAUGAGCCUAGUGGUGUUCCACGAUCACAUCAGUGGUCGUUCAUUGAGGCGGAGAUCCGGCGCAUCCUCCUUGGUUCCAAGUCCUCCAAGAUUCCACCGGAUGCUGAAUUAAGCAAUCCUGAGGUUGCAAAAUGGAUUCGCAUCCUGGCGCUGCUUUAUGGCCGUCUAGGCCGUUUGAGUGGCGGUAACAAAGUUUUUGUCUGCGACAAUGGUGAUGUCGCUGCACGUGAAAUGCUUAGUGCAAUAGAUAGUGCAACUGAACGAGUGCUGAUGGAGGUUUACAUUUUCGACGAUUCACCCCUUGCCGCACGGUUCGUAACAGCGCUGAAGAACGCUGCGAAACGAGGCUGCAAGGUCACACUUAUAAUCGAUGACGUUGGGUCACUCAGCUUCCCGAUUCUUUACCACAACGAACUGUACAAAGCGGGUGUGGAGGUCCUCAAAUUUAAUCCUAUCGCCAACAGGAAGCUUGCUGUAGGAAGUCUGCCAUUUCGAAAUCACAAAAAGGUUUUGGUAGUUGACAAUCACACUGCCUUCUGUGGAUCGAUGAAUAUCUCUAAAGAAUCCACUAGCCAUAAUAUGGGCGGUAACGGCCGUUUCUACGACGUCAACAUAUGUUUGCAUGGACCUGUGGUUUGUGAUCUAUCAGAUGUGGUCAAACGUACGCUGGCGAUGUCAUCUUACAAGUUGGACGACAUAGGGCAAUGUCUUCGUGCAGACCCCGUAGAGGGAGGGGUCAUAGUUCAGGUCCUUGAAUCCGAUAUGUCACGAGUAACCCGGCGUAAUGAUAUUCAAUCGUCGAUUGCAACAAUUCUCUCAAAUGCCGAACACAAUAUAUACCUCACAACAAGUUAUUUUUAUCCCCCUGGAUUUUUGCGUCGUUCUUUGUUGGCCGUCAAGAGGAGAGAUGUCGAGAUACGCAUGCUACUCUCCGGGAAUUCCGACAUCCCUGGUGACAUCAACGCAACGCUGCACGUCCUGCGAAAAUUUUUCAGGAAGAGAGCGCAGCAAACGACAAACAAUUUCAGGGUAUUCAUGACAACUAAAGAACACUGUCAUAGCAAGUAUGUCGUGGUAGACGACGUAUGGAGCUCCGUAGGUAGCUUCAAUUGGGACAGAUGGUCUAGUAGACGUAAUUUGGAAGUAUCCGUCGGCAUAUUCGACCCUGAAACAGCGACCAAGCUGAAAAAUCUGCAGCGCUAUAAGGAGAAUCAAUCGGUUGAAUAUACCAGGUCUCAAUCAUUAAAUCGGUCUAUGCCGCUAAAGAUUUUCGAUUCACUUAUCCACAAACUAAUCAGACUAUCUGGGCGUAAUUGCUUUGACGGUUUGUCCAACCACGGUUUCAAGUUCAGGUUCAAGAAGGCGUUCAUUCGGACCUUCAUAGACGAUUAUGCUGGGGAGCUGAUUGCAAUGUCAAACAUGGCCGGGGUAUAA